CAUUUCCUUCUUUGUAAAGAGAAUACUAUUCUGACGCUAGGAACAUACCCACUCACCCAUGUCGUUCGAGGGAAAGACCAUCAAAUGCAAGGCUGCCGUCGCGUGGGAGGCCGGAAAACCGCUGAGUGUGGAGGAGAUCGAGGUAGCCGCGCCCAAGGCUGGUGAGGUGCGCCUGAAGGUGCUGGCGACCGGAAUCUGUCACACCGACGCAUACACCCUCUCUGGCGCGGAUGCUGAGGGUCGGUUCCCGUGCAUCCUGGGCCACGAGGGCGGGUGCAUCGUCGAGUCGGUUGGUGAAGGCGUCACCAGCGUUAAGCCCGGCGACCAUGUUGUCCCUCUGUACACGCCCGAGUGCCGCAGCUGCAAGUUCUGCAAGAGCGGCAAGACAAACCUGUGCUCGGUGGUGCGUGAGACGCAGGGCAAGGGCCUGAUGCCUGAUGGCACGUCGCGGUUCUCCAAGGACGGAAAGGAGAUUUACCAUUAUAUGGGCACGUCGACGUUCAGCGAGUACACGGUGGUGUGCGAGAUCUCGUGUGCCAAGGUUGAUCCGGCUGCGCCGCUUGAUCGCCUGUGUCUGCUCGGCUGCGGUAUCCCGACUGGCUGGGGAGCCGUCAACUACUCGGCCAAGGUUGAGGAAGGCGCGGUGGUCGCAGUGUUUGGCUGCGGUGCGAUUGGGCUGUCGGUGAUCCAGGGUGCUGUUGCUGCCAAGGCCAGCAAGAUCAUUGCCAUUGACAUCAACCCAGCCAAGUUUGAGAUGGCUAAGAGGUUUGGCGCCACUGACUUUGUCAACCCGAAGGACUUUGGCGAUAAGCCGAUUCAGCAGGUGAUUGUCGAGAACUACGAUGGCGGCGUCGACUACUCGUUCGAGUGCAGCGGUGGCAACGUCAACGUCAUGCGUGCUGCCCUCGAGUGCUGCCACAAGGGAUGGGGCACCAGCGUGAUCAUCAGUGUCGCUGCCAGCGGCCAGGAGAUCAGCACUCGUCCGUUCCAGCUUGUCACUGGUCGCGUCUGGAUGGGCUCGGCGUUCGGCGGUGUCAAGGGACGCACGCAGCUGCCGCUGUUUGUCAAGAUGUACCUGGACGGAUCCCUCAACAUCGACGACUAUGUCACCCAUCAGUUUGAUCUGGCCGACAUUGCCAAGGGCUUUGAGGCUAUGCAUGGCGCUGACUGCAUCCGCCCGGUUAUCCACCUUAGCAAGGAGUGAAAGCAUCGUUUAGCCGCUAUAUUUGCCUAUCAUAAAUGAGUUCUAACCCCAGCUAGCGGCUGCUGCCAUCGACAAACACCACAAAUG